AUGCGCCUCCCUUUCCCUCCAGAAACCCUAAUUCCCCCCAAAACCCUAAUCGAGGUUCGUCUUCUCCACUCCCACCUCAUCGUCCACGGCUCUCUAACCCUCUUCCUCCUCCCCAAGCUCAUCCACCUCUAUUCCCUCGCCGGCGCUCCCUCCCCCGCCCUCCGCCUCCUCUCCGAUCACCCUUACCCUCCCCCCUCUUCCUUCCCUCCUCUCCUCUCCUCCCUCCCUCCUCCCCUCUCCCUCCACCUCUACUCCUCCGCCCGCCGCCUCCACCCUCCCGACCCUUUCCUCCUUCCCCCAACCCUCCGCUCUGCCCCUCCUCUCCUCAUCCCUUCCCUUCACGCUGACGCCCUCAAAUCCGGCUGCCGCUCCUCCCCCCACGUCCUCCCGGCGCUCAUCUCCUCCUACGCCCGCAUUCCCGAUCUCAUCUCCGCCCACAAAGCCUUCGACGAUGGCGACCACCUUCACCGCCGCCAAGCCCUCACCUUCAACUCCCUCCUCUCCGCCUACGUCUCCUCCGGCGCCAUCACCCCCGCUCUCAACCUCCUCAUCUCGAUGCAAUCCGACGGCUACGAUCCCGACAUCGUCACCCACAACAUCAUCAUCAACGGCCUCUGCCGCGCCGCACGAUGCGACGACGCCCUCCAUCUCUUCAACCGCCUCCUCCGUCCCAACCUCGUCUCCUGGACCACCAUCAUCGUCGGAUACUCCCGGUGCGCGAAUCACGAGGCAGCUCUCCACCUCUUUCGACGGAUGAUGAUCACCGCCAUCUCCGACUCAUCUGUCCUGCCAGACCACGAUACCUUAUCCUGCGUCAUCUCCUCGUGCCGCCACGUGUCGUGCUUGAGAAACGGGAGAGCCAUCCACUGCUACGGGAUCAAGUCUUGCAAACCCGAUCCCGAGGCGUUCUACUCCGCCGCAGGUGCAGCUUUAGUGGUCAUGUACGCCGGCGGAGGUGAGAUCACAGCCGCCGAACGGGUCUUCCGUUUGAUGGACCACGAUGAUGUGGUGACGUGGAACGCGAUGAUCGUAGGAUUCGCACGUGUGGGAAAGGCUGACGUGGCGAUGGAGCACUUCAAAGAGAUGCAGGUGAGGGGCAUCGGACACGACCAGACUACAUUAGCAACGGUUUUAACCGUCUGUGAUCUGAAACGAGGGAGGGAGAUACAUGCCCUUAGACUUAGGAAUUAUUACGAGAGUGACACUCUACUGUGUGAUAACGCCUUAAUGUGUAUGUAUUCAAGGUUAGGGUGCAUUGACCAUGCCAGUUCCAUCUUUAGGACUAUGAGCGUGAAGGACUUAGUCUCAUGGAACACUAUGAUCGGAGGGUGCGGGUCACAUGGACGAGCUAAAGAUUCAAUUAAGCUCUUCCAUGAUAUGGUCAAGUCCGGAGUAAAACCCAACAUGAUAACCAUGACUAAUGUUUUGAUGGCUUGUAGUCAUGGGGGAUUAGUAGAUGAAGGAAUGAAAUUGAUUAAGUGUGCGGUGAGAGAGUACGAUGUUGUCGUUACGAGUGAGCAAUGUGCGUGUGUGGUUGACAUGCUUAGUCGGGCGGGGAGAUUCGAGGAGGUGGUGGAGCUCGCCGGAGAAAUAGAGGGUGGUGGGGGUAGUGUUUGGGGGGCAAUGCUUGCAGCUUGUGAGGUGUAUGAGAGUGUGGAGUUUGGGAAGGUUGCAUUUGAUGCAUUGGUUAGGUUGGAGCCUGAGAAUGCUGGGAAUUAUGUUACAAUGGCCAGUAUAUAUUGUAAGGCUGGGAUGUGGGAUGAGGCUAAGAAGGUUAGAAGGAUGAUUGAUGGGAAAGGGUUGGUCAAGCCUGCUGGGAAUAGUUGGAUUCAUGUUGGGGCUAUUAAGUAG